GUUUUGGGUGUGUUAUUAUAACCACAUAUGCCCAAUCAUAGCCUCGCAUCCCUUAAUCUCAAUUAGACUUUUACCUGGUUAAAGAAAGCUUUAAUAAAGGCUAGAAAAAUCCCUCUACGCCCCCUUUGGGCAUAGGUUCCAAAGUUCCGAUGUUACGAUGCGUCUGCAACUCGUUGAACAUAACCGAACCACUCUUUCCUGUGGUUUCAUGUCUAUCCAACUUUAAGGAAGCAGAGUGAGCAGACCGGGGAUUCCGUUCCUGAAAAGAUGGAACAAACACUCGGCGACGCGAAGAAGGAAACACUCGAAAACUCUGCGCCACCUAAAGGGUCGAAUUCCCCCAACAGAGCUCAGAUCAUCAAUGUCACCUACAUUAUUGUUGCACUGGACAUUACAUGGAUGUUCGUGCAGAUCGCUGUCACUCCUUACUUGGCCAAGAAACUCGACUUUGACACCUUAUGGUUCGGCUACUUGCAAACCACCGUUGGCGUGAUUCAGCUGCUUGGUGGACCAAUCUGUGGAAGAUUUGGAGAUGUCUUCGGGGCCCGGGCGGCCUUGUCCCUCUCCUGUGUGGCUUCCAUCGUGUUUUUCCUGUUGCUGGCCAUCGCAGAUACCCCGGCCAUGCUGUUCAUGCAUAAACUACCUGUGUUCUUCAUGCACGUGUUACCUGGGUCCCAGAUGGUGUUGGCCGACCUCACAGAACCAGAGAAUCGUGCGAACGCUCUGUCUAAAAUCGGUAUAUGUUUUGGCGUCGGCAUGAUCGCUGGCUCCACCAUCGGGGGCAAUCUGAACACCAUGUUUGGGGAGACCAUUACUGCAUACGUUGGUGCAUUUGGGUGCAGCUUCACUUUAUUGUUGGUUCUAAUGUUUAUCCCAAAAAGCACUAAACCUCAAUCUCCAUCUACUAGCAUUAACCGUGAGAACGGUCAGAGGAAUAGGUCUAUAUUUAGUCUGGCAGAGAUCACCAGACUUCUGAAGUUCCCUGGUAUUACCAGAAUAUUCCUCAUUAAGAUCAUAUCAGGAUUACCAUCAGUUAUCUUCCAGGUGAUGUUUAGCAUCAUAGGGAUGAACUUCUUCAAGUUGGAACCCGCCCAAUCGGGCUAUCUGAUGGCCUUCUUUGGCAUCGCGCAAAUGGUCAUACAGGGCUUUGUGAUCGGCCGGGUAACGAGCAGAUACUCAGACGGCUCUCUGCUUCUAUUCUCCAUCGGAGUCUGUGCUAGUGUGGGACUGGCCCAGGCAGCCAUGCAGAAUGUGUUCCACUUCUGCCUGAUCGUCUUCCCCAUGGUGUUCUCCCUCUGCCUGUUCAACGUCAUCACAGACAGCAUGCUCACCAACUCAGUCCCCUCCUCUGAUACUGGCACUUUGAUGGGACUGUGCGCCUCUUCGCAGUCUCUGCUUCGAACCAUCGCCCCGACCAUCGGUGGCUUUCUCUAUGAGAAUUACGGCGUGCCCUACUUUGGUAUGAUCCAGUGUGCCGUGAACAGUGUUUUAUUUGUGUACCUCUUUAAAUACGGCCUCAAAAAGCAGGAAACCAAACACGAAUGACGACUUCUUCGGAAAGGGUACUCUUCGUUUCUGAAUCUAAUGAAUUGUUCUCUUGUUCGACAAGGGAAUAAUUAAAGGUAUGCAUGCAAGCACAUGUUUUUGUAGAAGUUCUGUCAAAUUCAACUUGACAACAGCACAAAUCUAGACGAACAAGGUGUUUCACUUCCUAUUUGUUUUGAACAAUGAAGGGUUUCAAUCAACACCAUGUAGACUGGCCACUGUACGAAUACACUAAUUACAAUCUCCUUAAGAAAGCUCUUCCCCUUGUCUAAAUAAGUUUCUGUUCGCUAGGAAUCUCCAUAACGUACAUUAACCGUAACAAGGCAGAACUCUGUAGCCCUUUCUGUUGUUGGUUUCUGGCCCAGGCUCUGUGCCGUCUCCCCCAAGGAGUUCUGCCUUAUGGUAAUAGGACUGCUGUGUAAGAGAUGAUAGGUCACCUGAUAUGGGUAACCUUUUAAUUUGUCAUAUUCCUUGACAUUCUUUUGUACUAUGAAUGCAUAUUUAUCGGCCAAACCCCUCCUCUGGAUCUUGAGACCUACACUGAUGUUUUUGUGUGACUUCACAUGCAUUUGAGCAAUUAUAUCUUGCGAUAGCAAGUCAUGCAACCUGUUAUAUGAUUUAUUUAGAAUUUUUGUUUAAUUAUAUGGAAGGCCACUAGAUGGCAGCAACUCUACUAUAACUGCUGAAAGGAACGUGUACACUGAGAUCGGGUGAAGAUAAUACAUAAUAUGUAUAAUACACAUACAUAAUAAUGAAAAAAUCUCCAUACACUCGCUAUGAUAUAAAAUAAUACUCUUUUAUCAA